CUUAUUUAGUUUGUUUCCUGCACUGCCCCUUUCAGAGCUAACAGACAUCAGUGACUUAGAGCUACAAAUCUGCUUAGAGGAAGGGAAGGAGGUUAGUGUAGGCAAGAGGACUGCUGAAUGAACAGUUUAAAUUGCAAAUUGUUACACCCAAUCCACCUCGCUUCAGAAACCUCAGAGAAAUAACUAGUUUAACAUAAAAUGACGUUUGGUAUCCAGGACCUGAUGCAGAAGUGACAAGGCCACUUUGAUUUAGCUGGAGAGAAAAUAUGAAAGGUAGUGCCAUGUGCAAAUUAAACCCUUUGAUCCUGACAUCAAUCUCUUAAUUAGGAAGUGUCAGGAAGAGGCAGUUUUGUUAACACAUGUCUAUCCGGACAGACCUAUUACUUUGAACAACAGCAGGAUUAAAUUCACCAGGAUUCAUCAAAUUUUAUUUUGUUGCUUUUCUUGGUGCAGCAUUCAUCAUAGGAUCCCAGAAUGGUUUGGAUGGGAAGGGACCUUAAAGCUCAUCCAGUUCCACCAUAACAGGGGCACCUUCCACUAUCCCAGGUUGCUCCAAGCCCUGUCCAAUCUGGCCUUGGACACUUCCAGGGAUGGGGCAGCCACAGCUUCUCUGGGCAGCUGUGCCAGUGUCUUGCUGCAUACUUAAUAAUUUUUUGAGCUUUAUUAUUUAAGAUGUAAUGUCACAAUCUUUACCAUCAGCAAUUUGCUUAAAGGAAAGUUUACGAUUAAUCAGCAUAGACCAUGCUACAGAUUACCCCUAAUUACCACUACAAAUGUUCCUGUGCUCUGAACAGUCCCUCACCAAACUCUGUGUUCAGCAGUACAUCGCGUUGCUCAUUCCUGGCAAGUUCCUCUCCUGUCUUUUCCUAUCUGCACAGCUCAGUGCCUGCCAAACCUGAGCUGCCCCUGUGCACUCACAGGUCCUUCUCUGGAGGCACCUUUAGCCUGCUCAUCUCAUUAGCUGCAUGUGCUGCACAGAGCAUCUUGGCUGCUUCCCCUUGGUAUAUCAAGUGCCUGCUCCCUCAGCUUUUGUUUUCUACCUCUUGAAUAUGUCAGCUGUGGAAAUCAAAAUCUCCCUUCUAGUGCAUAUUUCAGCUAUACAAUGAGUUGUACUUUUCUUUCAGAUGAUCUUGAUUUCCCUAUAUUCUAUCUAGUACAGUGUCUAUAGGACAUAAAUCCUGUACUUCUCUCUGAAGUAGCACAGGCACUGUGUCUUGGGCAAAAGUGUUAAAAAUAUAGUUGAUUUUAGAAUGAGAUUUCUGCCCCCAAACAGGCUCCAUUUGGAAUUUCAGCAGGUAUGUUUUGUUUGCUGAAGGAAUAUGCAUGGCAUUUUUUUAUCCAAUUAUACAAAAAGCUUUGGGUUUAGAUAUCUGCCUUGGUGGUAUAAAGGUAUGUACUUUGAUUUCUUUGCCACUAUUUGACCUUUUCCUAAUAAAACCAGUACUUGGAAUUUCGUUAAUCACAAACUGUUUCAAAAAUAAGUCUGCUAAAGAACUACUUUGAAGCAAAAUCUUUGAGUAGGAAUGAUUUGUACAUGUUAGAAACUUGAAGAAAGCUCUCUGUGGCUUUCUGCUUCUCUCCAAAAGUCUCUGAGCCCUGAAGUGCCUACAUUUUAUUUCUGCAUCUGUAUCUGCUGCUGUAAGACUUAAACAAAAACUCAGGUAAGGAGGCUGACAUUAAAACACAAAUAUGUGAUGUUGAUAUGUGAUGUUUUUUCAGUAAAAACACAUGCUACUGUUUCUUGCCAUGCAUGAAUACUUACCUCUGAUUUGGACGUGGAGCUACAGCAGGGGUCCCUUUAUACAGUGAACCUAGGAAACAAGAAAAUAAGAAUUAGGGUAUUAGGUACACUAGCACAUGCUCACAAUUAUUGCACAUUUACAUUUGCAUGUUUAAUAGUGGGUACACAGACUAGCGCACAGUGCUGUGCACAGGGCCCUGGAGGAAGGUGACACCACUGAGUUAAAAUACAUGGAAAAAAUUUCAUCUUCGCUGUUUGGGCUCAUCAUAAAAGAUGGAAUGUGCUUGAUUCCUGAGUUGUUGCUCUGGCUGGAGAAACCCUGUAUCUGCCUCUCCACAGAUGUACUACACUUCUGUUUCUUUCCCAUAGUGGAAUUUUACCAGAUUUGCAAGAAGGACACAGAGAGUACAUAUGGAGCCAACAGAAGGAAGGAAGCUCUUGGCCAUCCUGUCCUAUUUUGGGAAGAGAGAACUGGAAAAAUAACACGCACCUAGAUUCUGGAACACAGGGACAGAGUGUUUGUUGAGAGAUAAAUUGAUCAUAGUGAAACCAGGGCAUUUUGUCCCAUUAUAUGGGUGUGUGUAUGAAUUUCAGUUAAAUGUGAUGAGUUAAUUUUGGUCUGAGGUACUGUGAAACACAGACCAGACAGAACACAGACUGAUGGGCAUUUUCUUGCAGAAAAGAGCUAUGGAAAACCAAAGGGAGGUUUUGAUGAAGAUAUGAGGGUCUGAUUUUCUUCAUACAUAACAGGGUGAGAGACAGUCCGAGGGAAGUCAGUCACAUUGGAGCAGGAUAAGACCAGAUGCUAAAGGGUUUUGUUCUGGGAGUGCUUUCCAGAAAUCCAAAAGGAUACAGGCCCAGUGGAGAGACUGAAGUGUAAGGUUCACUCGAGCAAGAAUUAGCCUUCAUGCUCACUGGAACACCUGACCUGGAAGUGACAUAUACACUGAACUGGGAGCAAAGUCCUGUAAUAAAUAACCGUGCUUCAGUCAUUUCCUCCUUUGUGCAGUGGAGAACUGUAACUUAAUGGCACCAGGGCCAGUUUCACCUUUCUUUCCCUUCUUCUGCCAAUGCUUAUGAAAAAGAGGGACCUGAGCUGCAAAAGCCACACAGUGAAGAUUUCUUCUGGAGAGGUUGCAUACAGUGAUCUGAAACAUAAUGGUGGUUUUCAGAAAGGGUGAUCAUGUGUGGCUGGACACUCAACCAAACAGUGAAUUUAAUGUCCCAAUUGGGGCAGUUGUGAAGGAAUCUGACUCAGGACGGAUUUUGCUGGAGGAUGAUGAAGGCAAGGAGCACUGGAUCACGGCUCGGAACAUGCACAUGGUGCACCUGAUGCACCCUUCCUCUGUCCAGGGGGUAGAGGACAUGAUCCGCCUCGGGGAUCUCCACGAAGCUGGCAUGGUGCACAACCUCCUCAUCCGUCACCAGGAGCACAAAAUCUAUACUUACACAGGAUCAAUCCUUGUAGCAGUGAAUCCAUACCAGCUGCUGCCCCUCUACACGGUGGAUCAGAUCAGACUCUACUGUAACAAGAGGAUUGGAGAGCUUCCACCUCAUGUCUUUGCCAUUGCAGAUAACUGUUACUUCAAUAUGAAGAGGAAUAAGAGAGACCAGUGCUGUGUGAUCAGUGGGGAAUCUGGAGCUGGUAAAACCGAAAGUACAAAGCUAAUACUACAGUUUCUGGCAGCUGUCAGUGGCCAGCACUCCUGGAUAGAGCAGCAAAUCCUAGAGGCCAACCCCAUUCUGGAAGCUUUUGGAAAUGCCAAGACAAUUCGAAAUGACAAUUCAAGCCGCUUUGGGAAAUACAUUGAUAUUCACUUCAACCAAAAUGGUGUGAUAGAAGGAGCCCGCAUAGAACAGUUUCUCCUGGAGAAGUCCCGGGUCUGCCGGCAGGCUCCAGAGGAGAGGAACUAUCACAUCUUCUACUGCAUGCUAAUGGGGAUGAAUACAGAGCAGAAAAAGAUGCUGAAUCUGGGCACUGCUUCAGAGUACACUUAUCUCACUAUGGGUAACUGCACGUCCUGCGACAGCCGGAAUGACGCCAAGGAUUAUGCCCACAUCCGCUCGGCUAUGAAGAUCCUCAUGUUCUCAGACUCUGAGCACUGGGACAUCAGCAAGCUGCUGGCUGCCAUCCUGCACCUAGGGAAUGUAGAGUUCCAAGCGGCCGUGUACGACAACCUGGACUGCUCUGAUGUGAUAGACUCACCACACUUCUCCAUUGCCACCAAAUUGCUUGAGGUGGACUCUAGUGAACUCCAGAACAGCCUCACAAACCUCUCCAUCAUUGUCCGAGGAGAAAGUGUGUCCAGGCCUCUGAAUGUGUUUCAAGCUGCCAAUGGGAAGGAUGCCUUUGUGAAGGGUAUAUAUGGGAGGAUUUUCUUGUGGAUCGUGAACAAAAUCAACUCAGCCAUUUCCAACCCAGCUUCUCAGAAGCCUAAAGAGAGACAUCAAUCCAUUGGACUGCUGGAUAUUUUUGGGUUUGAAAACUUCAACAACAACAGCUUUGAGCAGCUGUGCAUUAACAUUGCAAAUGAGCAUCUUCAGCAGUUCUUUGUGCACCAUGUCUUCAAGCUGGAGCAAGAGGAAUACCUUGCAGAGCACAUUGCCUGGAACAACAUUGACUUCACUGAUAACCACCAGGCUCUGGAAGUCAUUGCACUCAAGCCCAUGAAUAUCAUCUCCCUCAUUGAUGAAGAGAGCAGGUUCCCAAAGGGCACAGAUGCCACCAUGCUUGUCAAAAUCAAUUCCCUCCAUGGUAAAAGCAAAGUCUACAUCCCACCUAAGAGUGUCCAUGAUACCAAGUUUGGCAUCAACCACUUUGCUGGGGUUGUCUUUUAUGAAUCAAAAGAUUUCUUGGAGAAAAAUCGUGACACACUGAGUGCUAAUGUAAUGCAAGUGGUCCAUUCCUCCAAAAACAAAUUCCUGAGAGAGAUUUUCCAGGUGGAAACAACCCCACCUAUUCUGGGACGUGGGACCAUUCGGCAUCUUGGAUCUGACCAGGUCUACAAGUGUGGCUUUCUGCUGUCCAGAACACCUGGCUACGGACAGGGCUUGGAUACCACCAAGAGGCUCUCGACACUGGGAGGACAGUUCAAGCAAUCCCUGGAAAAACUAAUGAAAAUCCUUGAGCAGUGCCAGCCUUACUUCAUCCGCUGCAUCAAGCCAAAUGACUACAAGAAACCACUGUUGUUUGAUCGGGAGCUGUGUAUCAAACAGCUGCGAUAUUCAGGGAUGAUGGAGACCAUUCAGAUCAGGAAAGCUGGGUACCCAGUUCGCUACAGCUUUGAGGAGUUCUUUGAGAGAUACAGAUUUCUUCUGCCAUGGUCUCUUCGACAAAAGCUGAAGAAUGAUACUCGACAGAGCUGCAUCAGCAUCUCCGAAGCAGUGCUGGGCAAGGAUGAAAGCUGGCAGGUUGGAAAGACCAAGAUUUUCCUUAAAGAUCAUCACGACACUGUAUUGGAGCUGCAACUCCAAAAUGUACUCACAGAUAAGGUUCUUCUUAUCCAGAAGGUGAUGAGAGGAUUGAAGGACAGGAAGCAGUUCCUGAAACAGAGGAGGUCUGCUGUAGCCAUUCAGUCAGCCUGGAGAGGCUACUGCUGCCGGAAGGAGUUCAGAAUGGUGCUGCUGGGCUUCGGGCGCCUGCAGGCGCUGUACCGCGGCCGGCAGCUGGCCCAGCGGUACGAGGCCACCCGCGCGCGGAUCGUCGGCUUCCAGGCGCUGUGCCGCGGGUUCCUGCUGCGCCACAGGCUGGCACAGCAGCAGAAAGCUGCGCGCGUCAUACAGGCCUACGCCAGGGGCAUGCUCGCUCGCCAAACCUACCAGAGGAUAAAGAGGGAGAACAAGCUGGAAGCCAGGAAUAUCCACUUGAAAGAAGAGAAACAUCUCAUCCAAGUCCUGGGACCACUGAAAGGAAGGGAAGAAGCUAUGAGAUUACAAAAGGAGCACCUGCCAACUCAGGAGAGAGAGGAGGCAGAAGCAAGACAAAGGAGGAACGUGCUUGUCAAUAAACCAACAAAUCAUGAUGUUAUCAGUGACCAAGAAAUGGUGGACAAAAUUUUUGGAUUUUUACCUUCUAUGAUUGGAGGCCAAGAAGGACAGGCUCCUCUGGGUUUUGAGGACUUGGAAACAAAGCAUAGCAAGCUGGAGGAAGUGGACCUGGACAUGGUUCCCAUGAGUGUGGAACUAGAAGAGGAAGCACAUGGUUUGGAAGAGUACACCUUCCCCAAGUUUGCAGCUACUUAUUUCCAGGGGUCUUCCACACAUACACACAUCCGGAGGCAGCUGCGGCACCCACUACUCUACCAUGAUGACAAGGACAACGUCCUGGCUUCUCUAGCUGUGUGGGUGAUCAUCCUGAGGUUCAUGGGGGACCUGCCAGAGCCAGCCAUGUUUGCCAAGAGUGCCACCACCAAGAGCAGCUCCGUGAUGACACAGAUAUAUGACACACUUGGCAGGAAAAACCAGGUCCAGUUGAGGAAUGACAGCCCAAAUAUGAGAGAAGGCAGAAGGGAUAACAAGAUUUCUAAGGGGAUUUCAUCCCUGAAACUGAAACGGUCAUCCAAGCUGACAGGGAAGGUGACAGAGCAGCUACGAAGUGGAGAAGAGGCUUUCCAAGAGGACAUCUCCAUCUCUCAGAGACCUAUGUCCAACCUAGAAAAAGUACACUUCAUUAUUGGCAAUGCAAUUCUGCGUCCUGCCAUCAGAGAUGAGAUUUAUUGCCAGAUUUGCAAACAACUCACAGAAAACAGCAACAGGAGCAGCUAUGCUCGUGGCUGGAUCCUUCUGUCCCUUUGCCUUGGCUGCUUUCCUCCUUCAGACACGCUUGUGAAGUACCUGUUGAAUUUCAUCCACCACGGGCCCACGGGCUACGCUCCAUACUGCGCUGAGCGUCUGAGACGCACCUACAGCAACGGGGCCCGGACUGAGCCUCCCAGCUGGCUGGAACUUCAGGCAACAAAGCAGAAGAAACCCAUUAUGUUUAAUGUCACCCUGAUGAAUGGCCAAAGCAUCACUGUCCCUGCAGACUCUGCUUCCACUGCCAAAGAGAUCUGUCAGUUCAUAGCAGAUAAAACCAAACUGAAGGAUGUCUUUGGGUUUUCACUCUACAUUGCUGUGUUUGAUAAGGUCUGGUCGCUGGGCGGGGGCCGGGAGCACGUGCUGGACGCCAUCUCCCAGUGCGAGCAGCUGGUGAAGGAGCGGGGCACGCACGAGCGCCACGCGCCCUGGCGCCUCUACUUCCGCAAGGAGAUCUUCACCCCCUGGCACAACUCCCGGGAGGAUCCUGUCAGCACUGAUCUCAUUUACCACCAACUCAUCCGCGGCGUUCGCUUUGGAGAGUACCGCUGUGAGAAGGAGGAAGAUUUGGUGGAGAUAGGUGCAAAAUAUUGUUAUAUCCAAUUUGGAGAUACCAUCCACAAUGAACUUGUGCAGAAGGUGCUCCAUGACUGUAUUCCAGUAAAACAGCUGAAGUCCAAGCCCCUGGAAAAGUGGGUGAGCCUUGUAACCUAUGCACAUGCUAAGGCCCCAUAUACACAGGACCAUCUCUCCUCUCAGACUGUGAAGGAGCAACUUGUAGAUUUUGCUCGCUUUCAGUGGCCUUUGCUUUUUUCCAGAUUCUUUGAAGUCACUAAGUUUUCAGGACCCAGCUUGCCUAAGAACCACUUCAUCAUUGCUAUAAAUUGGAAAGGCAUCUGCUUCUUGGAUGAGUCAGAAAAGCGGCUCCUUGAGCUGACCUUCCCAGAGAUAACUGGCAUCCACACCAACAGGGCAGUGAAGUCAUUUGGACAGAGCUGCACUCUCAUCACACUUCGUUCCGAGGAGUUUGUUCUGACAUCUGUAAACAGUGUUGUCAUUGCUGAACUGGUGGUGAUGUUCCUGGAAGGACUGAAGAAAAGAUCACAAUUUGCUGUGGCAAUGCAUGAGAAAAAACCCCAGGAGGAUCCUGGCAUCUUGUCCUUCAAGAAGGGAGACUUGCUAAUCUUCACUGAAGACAAAAGGCUGGAUGCAGACUCUGGCUGGAUCUGUGCCCAGAAUGAAAGGACAGGCAAAACAGGGAAUGUAUUUUUGGAAGACAUCUACAUCAUUCCUUCCCUCACAAAACCCUCUAGUCAAGUGCUGAGUUUGCUAAUGAUGUCUCCAGACCAGAGGAGGACAGCUUCACAGAACUCCUUCAUGGAGGAACCUGCUGAAGAGGAUAUCAAGGUGAAGCCUUACACCCUGGAGGAGUUCUCCUACGAACACUUCAGGACUCCUGAGAAGGAAUCCAUCAGCAAAGCUGUUCUCCAGAAAUCCCGUGGGCACAGUCAACUGUGGGCACAUUCCAAGGAGCCUCUGAAACAGCCACUGCUGAAGAGAGCAUGCACAGACCCUGAUCUUCGGGAUUUGGCCUGUCAGGCCUUCAUUGCCAUCAUGAAAUUCAUGGGAGACUACCCCUCAAAACAGGCACACUCCUCCGUUGAAGUCACUGACCAGAUAUUUGUGCCAGCUAUCCAGGAGGAGGUCCUGCGGGAUGAGAUUUACUGUCAGAUUAUGAAACAACUGACUGAGAACAGGAACAGGUACAGCGAGACCAAGGGCUGGCAGCUCCUCUGGCUCUGCACUGGCCUCUUCCCACCCAGCAAGUCACUGCUCAAACACGCCCAGAAGUUCAUAGAGACACGCCAGAAAGAAACACUGGCCCCAGGGUGCCGUCGGAGGAUUCAGACAGUAAUGAGGAGUGGCUGCAGGAAGUGGGCACCUCAUCCUGUGGAGGUUGAGGCCAUCUUACAGAACAACACUAAGAUCUCACACAAGAUUUGCUUCCCCAAUGAAACAGAACUGACAUUUGAUGUGGGAACAAACACCAAAAUCCAGUCUCUGUGUCAGAACAUCGCUUCCAAAUUGCAGCUGCAAUCCUGGGAAGGUUUCAGCCUCUUUGUGAAGAUUGCAGACAAGGUGAUCAGCCAGAAUGAAGCAGACUACUUCUUUGACUCACUACGGCAGGUGACAGACUGGAACAGAAGGAAUAAGCCAGGAAAAGAUGGGGCUGCUCUGUCUGUGGCCUAUGAAGUGUACUUCAUGAGAAAGCUGUGGCUGAAUGUCACUCCUGGCAAGGAUCUGAAAGCUGACACCAUUUUCCAUUACCACCAGGAGCUGCCAAAGUACCUCAGAGGCUACCACAAGUGCUCCAAGGACGAAGCUGUGCAGCUGGCAGGGCUGAUUUAUAAAGCGCGCUUCAACAACGACCGCACACAGCUGGCAGCCAUCCCCAAAAUCCUGAAGGAGCUGGUGCCAGACAAUCUGCUCCGAGCAGUGGCACCAGACGAAUGGAAGAAGAGCAUUAUUGCAGCAUAUAGUAAACAUGAAGGAAAAACUGUGGAUGAGGCCAAGAUUGCUUUCUUGAAAAUGAUACACCGGUGGCCAACGUUUGGAUCAGCCUUUUUUGAGGUGAAGCAAGCCUCGGAGCCCAAUUUCCCAGAGAUUGUACUGAUUGCAAUCAACAAGCAAGGAGUCUCACUGAUACAUCAGAAGACAAAGGAUAUUUUAGUAGUCUACCCUUUCAAUAAGAUCUCCAACUGGAGCAGUGGGAGCACAUAUUUCCACAUGACCAUAGGGAACCUGGUACGAGGAAACCGGCUCUUAUGUGAGACAUCUCUGGUAAGAAGAGUUUUACCAACUAAGGCACAACAAAAUCCUAAUUUUUCCUUUCCAACCCUGACUGCUACAAAAGAUGACGGUGUGAAAACAGAUACCAGUGCAGCAUUAUAUCAAAACAAUUAUGCAUUUUUACCAUAAUUAUACCAAUUAUACCAUAAAUACCAAAAGCAUUCAGUGCUGUGUCAAUAAAACUGCCAUUUAGAACUUGUUUCCAUUCAUAUAUAAUGCUAUCUGAUGCAAAGAUGCAUGACACAGGACACAAGGAAAAAUAGUAAUUUCCCGAAUUCUUCCCAUACAUCAAAAUUCUACCCAUUUGAGAAGUUAAGACUGCAAACCUACAGAAGGAGCUUUUUGUCUUGCAUGUCUGCCUCCAGUUAUGAAAUAAUGCCAGUCCUGUAAGACUUCGUAUUUUCCAGGGAGUGGUACCACUUUUUUAACAAUUGGUUUCAGACUACUCAGAGUCUCAGAGAAACAUCACUGUAUUAAUAUUUAAAGGUAGGUUUGUAGAGAUAACAAAAACAUUUAAAGGCUAACUACUCUGACAGAAAAGCUUGGAUUCUUAAAUACAAGAAUCUUAAGUACAAGUCAAGCUGCAGAGUGAGUACCAAGGAGACAGUGGAGCUAUGGUCUGUAAAGUUUUGGAAAUCUAUGAAAAGCAGAGGGAGAAAUGGACAAAUUGUAACUAAACUAAACAAAACAGAUAUUGAAAGAAAAGAUGUUCAUGCAAGGAAGAACCUGAGAAGGUGAUGGAUGAGGGAAGAAAUGAUAGUUAUUUUUGCUUCUAGAGCUCCCUAAGAGAUUUAAGAUUUUUUUCUUCCCUGACAGGGUUACAAAAUGGAUGACCUGUUAACAUCCUACGUACGCCUGCUCAUGAAUGCUGUAAACAAGCAAAAGAACCUCCCAGCCUGAGAGUGGAAAUAGAGCCCAUGACCAGUACUUGUGCCAAACUACCUGUAAUUUCAUAUCCCAGAAGAAAUGCCAUUUAAAGAAUAUUAAUCUUGUUGAUUGAUCACACACUGGAUGAACUGAGUUGCUGAAAUACUACUGCAAGAGAAACUCAAGUGAGCAUGUGCUUUCAAACAUCUGUAACACUUCUGUCUUAGAUGUAGUAUGAGAAUUCCAUUCAGACACUGGAUUUAGAGAAAGUUUAGAUGGACUUUAAUGUUCUAUGGGAGUGCAGAAACCCUGUGAAGACCCCUUCUAAUAGCCUGAAUUUCCUCCAUUCAAAGACAGACACACAUGAAGAGAUGUCUUCUUUUUGGAAAGAAAAUGCCCCUUAUUGUACAUGCUCUUAAACGUACAAACCCCAAGAGUCUUUGCAAACAAAGGUAAUGUAAUUUUUUUCCUCCUACUGGCAAUUCUAAGAGUGGAGAAAUGCCCUUUAGUAGCACAUAAUGGGACAGUUUGAAAGGUAAGAUGUUGUCCCCUGACUUACCACAGUCUUGCUUAAAUUAAAUAGUCCUCUUUCUUCCAGAUGUUAUAAUGCUCUUGGAAACUAACAACUGCUUUCUACUGUGCAGUAUCUAGUAUGCUCUGAAACGAGUCUGGGGUUUGGGUCCAUCACUUUUAGUUGCUCCUAUUUCAAGAUAUAGAUGAGCUAUUCAGUGCAAAUCAGAACUGAAGAACUCAGUCUAACAGAAGUCUGUUGAAAAGAGACUUUUCUGCUCCACAAAAAUGUUCUGUUUGGAGUUAUGCAGACAUUCCCUCACGAGACAAGAAUAAUAGCUUUAAUUUGUCCUGAUCUUUUCUGCUUCCUGUUUAGCAGACAGCUUGAGUGGUAAAAUUUGAUUCAGCACUUGUUCAUCCCUAAGAACUUUUUAGAAGCACAGCUUUGGUGCCACGGGAACCAGAGUGUGUUCUGAGUGUGUAAAGCAGAUACAGACUGUGGUGGGAGCAAGCUUAGCUGCUUCCCCCUCAGAUCAAGUACUCCUCCCUCACUCCCAGUGAAACAUGAACAUGUCUUAAAGCAUUGACACCAAGUUCCUUGAGACACAAUCUGGCAGUGCUGGAAAAGCAGCUCUGCCUGAUCUCUCAACUUUGCCAAUGGAUGCACAAUGGUUCUCUUGUUCCCUCAGACAUGUGUGUGCAAAAUUCAAAUGCUGGUGGGAGUUUUGUAUAUGGGUGGCAGGGAAGAGCCCACUCUCUUUGUGCAUCUAAAUGAGUGCCACACCUGUCAGAAUAGCUGAUCUUUUUGCAAGCAGUUAGAUGCUCCUGCUGUAAUGUCCAUUGCUGGCAAUGGAAACGCUGGAGUCUAAUUAUCCAGAGUGGUUUUCUCACCCAAUGUCUGAUCUAACUAGCUAUAAGUGAGAAAUGUACAACACUUCACCUGUACAAAAAGAAAUCUUGCAGCCAAACUGUAUUGUUUCUGGUUUUUAAAUAAAAGACUGCAGAAAAUCAACCAUGUCUUUUUUUAACCAAGUGAAUGUUUGCUCCAGAUCCAUGUAACCUAAAUCAACCAAAUAACCACUAUAUCAUGUAAAUUAUCAUAGUAUUCCAUCUGCUCAUUACCUACACAACACAAUUUGUACAACACAGCCACUAAAAGGAUGAUACCCCUUUCUGCACAUCCUCAUCAACCACCACAUCACUACAGAAGCAGCACAGGUCCAAAGCAUGAAUUCACCACAACAGUGCCUCAGGUUUCAGCAGUCCCAGAGUUCCUAGGAGUGGGUAACAGUCUCUGGCUAAGCACUGAAAAUACGGCAUUAACUGUACACUGUACAAUUUUUUUUCUUUUUCUUUUUUUGUGUGAAGUUUUAAAAUGUAUUACAGUUAACUUUAAUACAAGAUCAUACAAAGGCACGGUAUUACAGCAUUUCAUCUACAAUCAUGUGCUUUGGUUAGACAGCUCAAACAAUGUGUGAUAAAGUGAGAGCUCUACACGGUGCAGAACCCAUCAAGGCCUGAACCAAGGCAGGGAGCUGCUAAUUCUUUUCUCAAUCUAAUACCUCAGCACUUAACAGUGCUUUACAGGCUAGUAGAACCAUGUUUAUUACAUGCUUGCCUGCAAUCUAUUCCCUCCCCAUCCAAUCACUUCUGAAAGAGUGUCAGUCAUAUCAUCUAAUACCAGCCAUGCCACAUCAGGAAUUCUCCAUAUGAAAGGCUGACCAGUGUUUGCCAGCACUGCACAGACUGCUGUAAAAACACCAGGAUGCAAAUCUAGAGAGAGGAUUAGUGCCACAAAGAAAGAUUGCAAGUGAUUAGAAUACCCUUUGAAAAAAAACAAGCUUCACACACCAUGCUUUCUAAAAGCAAAACCAUUUUCAAGUGCACUCAGUGAGUGUUAGUGAUUUUACAAUAAGGUAUAAAUAUGAAUUGGGUAUAAAUAUGAAUGUAUAGUGUGAUGUAUCUUCUAUUAAGUGUAGAUUUCUGAGCCAAGCUCAACCUUCAUAUAAGUCUCUACUCUCCAGUAGUGUGAUGCUUAAGAAGAAUUUGGCCAGCAGAUCUAUUUACAGCAAUGGAAAAAAACAUGCAGCUUAUUUCUUACUGACACCUUGACUAUAUUUUUUAAAAGGAAAACAAAAGCCAAUCUCUCAGCCUACCAAGGCACUAAGGAGAACUUGUGAGUAUGCACUAUAUUCUACUUGGUUUUAAAAAAGUAGACUGACAGAAGUAGAGGAAGAUGCAUUUUUUAAAGCCAUUUAUAGUUAUUUCUCCUACUCCUUCAAAUCUACUCUCACAAAAAAGAUGUGUUGGUAAUAUAAACUACUGUAACUCUGCACAUUGCAGGCUAUGAGCACCAGAAGUGUAAGAAAAAUGAUUGUGAAAAAUUAAUAAUUUAAGAGAAUAUCACCCUCCAUUAGUACAGAGAUUAAGGAUUACAACUAUUUUGUUCACCAACAUAAUUUUGCAAAACAUCCUGAAGAUAAGGACAUACUCCAAAUCCUAGAGAACUGAACAGCUUAUCAAACAGAAUGAUAUCAACUCUCCUUAGAGCUCUGAAGCUUUCUAGGUCUGCCAAAUCCCUUACACAAGAUAAGGCACAUAUUAAACUUCACUUGCAGCACUUAAGUAAUGCCAUUCACAUACAUGCAUUAUCCAUUGCUGAAUGUGAGUGGCUGCUGAAAAAUAUUACCUAUUGGCUGCUAGUUACUUAGUCCUCCCAUAUUUACCAGGAAUGUGGCUGUGUGUUCCUCCACCACUUCCCAGGAGGCUGGGGAUACACAGCUGCUCAGAUUCAGCAUUAGACAGGGCCUGUGACUGAGAUUACAGGAACAGACUGGAAUGUUUUGUGCUGAGAAAAAUCUGCAUAACAUACUGAGCUGCACCUAGGUCAGAAUUCAAGUGUUUUAUGCUGUGACAAAAUGCCAAACAACAGGUUUGAUUGUAAACAGGGGUCUUCGCAGGGCCACACUACUGCGCCAAGAGACAUGCUGCUGUUCUUUAUGCCCUUAAUUAAAGACCAUUUUAAGGCUGGUGAGAGAACAGUGAAUAGCCACGUGUUCUCCUAAAGCAGUGACACGAGCAGCUACUGUUACUACAGUGCAAAUUGGUCAGGAGAAGAUGAAAGAGUUCACUGCUAAAAUUAGGCCUAUCCCUCAUCAUUGUUAGAGUGGAUACAGCAUAACUCAGUUAAAAGAUUAUGGUAACUUACAGCAACAAAAAGCAAAGCAGCUGAGGGAAACUGAGUGAGCAAAGGCAGUGAAGCUCUAAGAGAUGGUGUCACAUGUGGGAUUCUGAUCAGUUAUCCAGGAUUUCCUAGCACUGCUUUGCUAUCACUGGUGCAGUUCCAUGGGUAUUGAUCCAGCAAGCACGGUAACACAGUUCUAAGGUGGACUAUUGCCCCAACCCAAUUGCUGCUCACACAUAUAAGAAGUGGGGAAGCUUUAACUUCUUGCUACCUGUGGCUGCAGGGUGUUGUCUAGGCCCAACUGCUGUGUUCAUCUGACUGACUAAACCAUCCACUUUUUUGGAAAAUUUAAAUAAUGCAAAAGACAAUAGUCCUCCAGUGCUUGUCAGCAUGCAAAGGGGCAGGCACAGUCUCCCAACUGUUCAUGGAAAGGGAUUUUCAGGCUGCUCAGCUUAGUUCAGCACAAGGAGUAUGGGGGACACCUCUGGGGGACUCAGAAGCUCACUGCGAUCAUACAUCAUGCAGGUGGGCUCAGGAAAAGCACUGCUGAUGGCUCACCUCUAAAGAAGUAUUGAGAAUAUCCAAAACCAGUAAAUUUCUCAGCACCUUGGGUUGUGGUAGCAGAGACAGUAGGACCAGUGAAACCUCACUGGUGACAGGCAAAAUUACAGAGGAGGACUAUAUGCUUGAGAUGUUAGCAUCAUGUCUGAGAUCCUCUCCUUAAGUAAACUCAGGUCUCAAAAAGAAAGAUGAAUGGGACUCUUAUUUGGGUAAAAACUUUAAGAAAAAUGUUUUUUUUUUCUGCAUAAGAUAUUUGCUACAAACCGUAAACAUUAGAAACACCUUCAUGUAAUUGGACUUUCUGGAGCAUGACCAACAAG